AAAUAUGUUGCUCUGUGUUGGUUGAGCUGCACGUGUUCGUUUUGGCAAUUUAAAUAGAAGUUUUGUGAGUAGUGCGUCGCACUAACAUUCUCUGAAAAUGGGUAAAUUUCGUUCGAAAUUGAAACGCCAUGGUAAAGGCAAAAGCUGGAGUAAAGGCCAAUCGGCUGUAUCGAAUCCCGAGCAAAUGAAACAUCGUCUUAAAGCAAAGUCGCGCUUUUUCCAACCAAAUUUAAAUCUGACUGCAGCGAGCUCAACUAAUGGACUCACCAUGGAGGCCGUGCACAAGCACGAACAGCGUCAGGCCUACAAUGCGGAGACAACAACGGUAAAUGAUGUCGCCGGUAGCCUGAAGUCUUUUACACUGGAGGACGAUGAUGGAAUGUCGGGCACCGGCACACAGCCAAGCACCGUCAAGACCUUUCAGACCUUCGCCUCCAACUACAGCAGCUGCAGUAAUGUUAGCUUCAAGAAGCUGCUGACCGGCUUUCGUGCCUCCUCCGAUCUGCACAAGGAGAUGUUGGCCAUUUUGAGCGCAUUGACAGAAAUAAUACGCGAACGUGGCGGCAACGAAUCUUCCACUGAAUACUUUCUGCUCCUCAUCAGCCAAAUCGAGGCGGCCACCGAGGAGCGCGACAUCAUUGCCGGCGUUGCUUUGCUAUCCAUGGGCAUUAAAUCUGUGCCGGCGCCGGUGCUGCGGAAACGUUUCUCCGAAACCGCCGAAACACUGCAGCAGCUGCUGCAACGCUUCAUUGAAUCGAGCAGUCAAUCUGUCAUUCGCUAUUUAAUUGGCUGCAUGUCCGUGCUGUUGCGUGCCCAGGACUAUGUCACAUGGACGUACAGCUCCACGUUGCAGUAUUUCGAUGCGCUGCUCGCCUUUACCAUCCACUCGAAGCCGAAAAUACGCAAAGCGGCCCAGCAUGCCAUCGUCUCCAUCAUACAUGGCAGCUGCUUCAUGCUGCCACCGACUGCCGGCGAGGGCGAGGCGGCAGCGGAUGCUAAGGAGGAACAGCCACAGACAUCGAAGAUCAAGUAUCAUCCGGCUAGCAAUCGUGUAACGAAAUUCUGUUUGGCCCAGUUCAAACCCGAAGUGUUGGCCAACAGCCAGACGACAGUACUGCAUACGCUGUCAUUGCUGAAGGAUACGUUGGCUGGCUUCCGCACCGAGGACAUACGCAGCGUGUGCGAGAAUCUGCUCUCCAUAAUGACAGCGGCCAACAUCCUUGUGAGAACCAACUGUUUUCAGGCUCUGCACACCCUCUUCCUGACGCGUAGCGCUAAUCUGAAUGCGACAUUGUGCGCCAAGCUGCUGGCCGCCAUACACGAAUAUCGGCCAGAUCGCAAUGAUGUGCGCCAAACGCUGGCCUGGAUCACAGUGCUCAAGGAGGGCCAUUUGCAUCUGGCCACCCUGCAAUUGGACUUGUGCAUGCAAGCGCUUCCGCGUCUCUUCGAGAUCUGCACCACGGAUCUUUGGCUGUCAGAGCGCACCGAACUGGUGGUAGGCGUCUCCAAUUGCAUUAAGGAGUUGCUGCAGGAUUGUGUGGCACGCGCCUGUGCCACAAAGGAACUGGCCGAUCAAUAUCGCCCGUCUGUGAUAAAAAUAAUUGGCGCUCUGCACAAGGUGCUGAAUUCACCGUUUGGCGAGAUCUCCAAAUAUGUUAUUCUCAUAUUCUCCAUUGUGUUCGAGGCGUGCGGCAAACAGUUUGGAUCCGAAUUGAUGCCCUCGCUGACAACGAUUGGCAAACGUUAUGAUAGCCACGGCGCCUUGCGUCUGCAGAUCGAGCACACGGUGAUCAGCGCCAUCAAGGCGCUUGGUCCGGAGCUGGUUCUACGUGCUCUGCCACUGAGCGAUGCGAACGGCGAUGUGAGCCUGGAGCGAUCGUGGCUGUUACCGCUGAUGCGCGAGGGUGCCACUGGGGCGAGCUUGCAAUUUUUCAUGGAGCACAUUCUACCACUGGCUCUGAAUAGUCAGUCGCAUUGGCGCAAGCACUUGCAGUCGGGGAAGGCGGUGUCCAAGGCACACAUCUAUGAGCUGCUAUGCUGUCAGCUGUGGGGUCUGCUACCCGGCUUCUGUCGGCAGCCACGGGAUCCGGAAUAUUUGCGCAAGCUGGCGCCAACCCUGGGCGAUGCCUUGGAGCACAAUACAGAGUUCCGUUCGCCCAUCUACGAUGCCUUGCUGGAGCUUCUGGAUGAUAGUCAGAGUCCGGAAUGCCAUGCGAUUAUGGGGCAAUAUGCGCGCAACUUUCUGCCGCGCCUCUUCAACAUCUACACACAGAAGCCCAAUACCAGCUACGAGGGGGAGCAACGCAAGCGUGCUCUGGCCGUCAUCCGUGCCUAUAUCGCACGUGCUCCGGCCGAAGUGCAAGCGCAGCUCUUCGAGACUGCCCAAGGCCUGUUGGCGGGCAGCGCAGUAGCCAGCUUCGAAUACGACUCCUACUUUGACAUCAAUGCGGCCAUUGUCCGGGUCCAAAAGUGUCGCGGCAUCGAGGCCUACUUCGAGAAGUAUAUGGCGCCCGUGCUGCGCAACGACAAAUCCAAACUGGUAUCACGCGACGAGCAGAAGAUGAAGAAACAGCAGCGCAAGACAUACGAAUUGCUGCGCGAACUGAUGACCUCAGAGCUGCCUUCAUGCCAGAAAUUCACGCGUAAAAAUUGCAUUUUAUUGCAACAGAUUCUGCUCGAUGCUUUCAAUACCACAUGCAGCGUCUGUCAGGCGUCACGUUUAUAUUGCCUGAAAUCACUGCUGGAUUGCCGCAGCAAGUUGGCAUACAACGAUCAGCUGGUGAUGAAGGCCAUACCGGAGGCGGUGCUCAAUUAUAAGGAGUUCUCCACACGCAAGGAGCAGGUGGCUGAGCUGCUCAUCAAGCAGAUUGCGAAUCUGUAUCAGGAGGCCGGCAAGAUCAAUGAGUUUGUGGACAUCCUAACGGCUGGCUUCACUGGUGACGAAUCACUGAUAACCAAUACAAUUCUGGCCUUCCGUGCGGUGCUGCAGCAGCAGGGCCAGCAUCUAACUGUGAGCACGUUGGAGUUUGUGCUGCAGCAGGUCUCCGUGUUCAUAGUGCAGAAGUCGCGCAAUCAGGCCGAGGCAGCCAUCGCCUUUCUCAUUACAUUCAUUAAGGUGAUGCCCAUACCACUUGUAGCAAAUCACUUGGAGACGAUUAUGCGCUCCCUUUCAGCCAUGACCAAGGAUACGAAACGCUAUUGCCGCAUACAAAUUGGCUACUUCCUGAAAAAGCUGUGCAAGCGCUUCACCACGGAGGAGCUGGCGCGCUUUGUGCCUGGCGACGAUGAGAUAACCCAUCGCCGACUCAAGAAGAUACGCAAACAAAUGCGUCGUGAUACACGUAAAAAGCAGAACGAGGAAGCCCAGGCGGAGAGCUCCGAUGAGGAGCUAGUGGGUGAUCUUGAGCAAAAGAGCUAUACUAUCGAUGACAUUUUGGCUGAUUCGGACUCGGAUCUGCCAGAGGACUUGGAAGACGAAGAGGGCGGCACAGCUGCCAAGAAUCGCUCGGCUAAAUCAAAGGCCAAGUCAAAGCAGCCGCGCAGCACUUACAUACGCGAGGAUGCCGAUGAGAUUGUCGACUUGGCCGAUCUCAAGUCGAUUGGCAAUGUGCUAACUAGUGGCUCUGCUGCGACAGCUGCUGCGACUGGCAAGCAGUCCAAGGCGAAGCCACAGCUGCCCAAUGGCGGCUUUAAGACCGCCGAAGAUGGACGUCUAAUCAUCAGCGACAAGGCGUUGCGUGGCCAGAAGAGCGAUGGAAUGGAUGAUGACGGCGACAGCGAUGACUCCUCGGCUGAUAGCGGCCAUGAGGCGGGCAAUGGCGGCGGCGCCAAGCGCGGCAUGGAAGAGGACUCCAGUGAUGAGGAGGAUCUACACAAGCCAACCAAUGCCAAGCGCAAGAGGCAGGCCAGCGAUGCACUAAGCAUGCGCUCCGGCAAGACUAGCACCAGCACACGCAAGGGCAUACAUCGUACACUGAAUGCCACGGGCACAGAUGCCAUGUCCGUCAAGUCGGGUGGGGGGCGCAGUAAAGUGGCUGGCAGCGAGUACAGCAGUAAAAAGGCCAAGGGCGACAUAAAGCAGCGCGGCAAAUUGGAUCCGUAUGCCUAUAUACCCCUGUCACGGAAUACGCUGAACAAACGCAAACGGGCAAUGAACUCGCGUAAGUUCAAGAGCACAGUGCGUGGAGCUGGCGGCGAGGGGGGCGAACCGGCGACUGGGCAGGCGAUGCGUGGCACUGGGGGUGGCGGCGGCAAGCGCGGACGUGUUGCCAAGAGUUACAAAUAGAGAGGCGGCAAUAGGAGUGGAUCAUAAAGAUAAACCGAAUAACUUGUAUAAUUCGCUGUUAUUUUGCUAUAUAUAACUUUACAAAACACAAACA